AAAAAAAGAAAAAAAAGAAAAGACUUGUUAUUAAAGAUAACUAUCUUUUUAACAACCUUGCCUGAAUCAUUAUCUAGUGUGCAAUAUAUGGCACCAUUUCCAUCAUUUUUCUCCACACAAAACGAGCCUGAAUGGGGCUGUGUUGGGAUUUGCUAGCUAAAUCUGUGGCUCAUUUAUGUAUAUUAUAUGGGGAACGAGUGUCAGAUAUAAUCUAAUAUUUACGAAUGAAAGGGAAUGUUACUCUUUUGGUGAUUUCUUUUAAGGUUUAGCCUGUGUGCCUUAUGUAUGGCUGAGCUUGAGACCAGUCUCAAACUGACAAGGUUAAAUCGAUUGAUCCUAAAUCUAAGCAACUCUAUUUUGGAACCAUCAUGUUCAAUAAGAUAUAGAUGAUUCAAUCAGUUCUUUAGCACCAAAAGGCUCAUAUUCUAUCUUGGUCGUGCAUUUUCUGAUUUUUAGAUUUACUCUCUAGAUUCUUGCUAUAACAACUAUCCCCUCUUAUAAUACUUUUUUUUUCAUGCAGUUCAUGUAAAAGGAAUGGAUGGUGGUAAGAAAGGUGAAAGGCUCAUAAGAGAUGCUAAUGCUCAAAGUGUAGAUAUUGAAUUUCAGAGGCUUAAAGGCAUGAAACGAAGUGCAUCCAUGCCCGAGCAAAUGAACUCAAUGGAGUCAUAUGAAAGUGAAAAGAACCUUGUAAGUCGUACCGGUCCUUUGCAGAGCAAUAGGAGAACUUCCUCCAUACAAAUGAGUGGCCCACUAUUUAUUAGGAGGAGCCCUGGGAAUUUUAGUCAGCCUUUGCAGGGGAUAGCGGGCCAGAAGUCACCUUCAUUAAUGGAAGAUCAAUUACCCCCUUCUAAAGGGAUGGAAGAACAAGGCUGGUCAAACAAUGACUUCAACAGAAAUAAUGGACAUUUACUACAUUCAAGAGAUUCAGUUUUAUUUGAUGCCAAGUUUCCUGAAGUUCUGUACGGGGAAGUUUGUGUGAGGAAGAGUUUCAACUUUCUACAUCGAUUCAUUCCUGGUGUCAUGUCUCCUCAUGCUAAACUUGUUCGACAGUGGAGUUACUUUGUUCACAUUGCAUGCUUUGUAUCAAUUUUUUUAGAUCCUUUGUUCUUCUUCCUGCUUACUGUUCAAGAGGAUAAUAAGUGCAUAGUUCUUAACUCGCCCUUGACAACAACACUUGUGGUUUUUAGAACAGUUACUGAUUUCAUUUAUUUCAUGCACAUGCUUAUUCAGUUUAGGUUGGCUUAUGUUGCUCCCGAGUCGAGAGUUGUGGGUGCUGGAGAUUUUGUUAUCCAUCCAAAGAAAGUUGCUCUCAAUUACCUUUGUGGUUAUUUUUCCAUUGAUCUAUUCGUGGUAUUACCGCUACCUCAGAUCAUGAUAUUGGUCGUCUUAAGAAAAUAUGUUGGAUCAUCAGCUGCAAAUUAUGGAAGGAAUCUUUUGCAGGCGGCCUUUCUUCUUCAGUAUAUGCCCAGACUUUACAGGUUCCUGCCUUUGAUUGCUGGUCUGUUUCCAACAGGCUUCACAUUUGCAUCAGCAUGGGGGAACCUUGUUCUUAAUCUUAUCAUGUUUAUUUUGGCUGGGCAUGUUGUUGGCUCAUGCUGGUACCUCUUUGGUUUGCAGAGGGUGAACAAAUGCCUUCAAGAUGCCUGCAUUGAUUCUCAGCAGAAGGCCUGCAUCGAAUUCAUUGAUUGUGGACAUGGGGAGAAAAUUGCAAAAUUUAAGAGCAAACCUGAAUGGCUUAGUUGGGUGAACAAUGAAAAUGCAACUGCCUGUUUUGACACUAGUAGUAAUGGUUCUUUCAGUUAUGGGAUUUACUACCAAGCUGUUUCUCUAUCAACAAAACCAAGCAUUAUCGUGAGAUAUGUGUACUCUUUGUUUUGGGGUUUCCUGCAAAUCAGUACUUUGGCUGGAAAUCAAGUUCCUAGUUAUUUUGUAUGGGAAGUUCUUUUCACAAUGGCCAUCACCGGACUUGGGAUCAUGCUCUUUGCUAUACUCAUUGGAAAUAUACAAAACUUUCUCCAAUCUUUGGGAAAGAGGCGAAUAGAUAAUCACCUACGGAUUUGUGAUGUUGAGCAAUGGAUGAGUGCUUGGCACUUGCCCUUACAUAUAAGAAGGAAAGUAAGAGCAUCAGAAAGGUGGAAGUGGUCUGUUACACAAGACAUAAAUGGAGAAAAGUUAAUGGAAGAUUUGCCGGACGACCUCCAAAAAGAAAUCCGUCGUCAUCAUUUUAAAUUUAUUAAGAAAGUCCGUAUUUUUUCCCUAAUUGAGGAUCCAAUCUUAGAUUCCAUCCGUGAGAGAUUGAGGCAAAACAUUUACAUACGAGGAAGCAGAAUUUUAAACCUUGGAGAACCAAUUGAGAAGAUGGUCUUUAUUGUAAAGGGUGAAAUGGAGAGCAUUGGAGAAGAUUGUAGUAGAGUUCCAUUGUCAGAAGGGGAUAUUUGUGGUGAAGAGCUACUCACAUGGUGGCUUCAGCGCUAUUCAGUGAACAAAGGUUGGCGAAGAAUGAGUAUAACGGGACAGCAAUUGCUAUCCAACAGGACAGUAAGAUGUUUAACUAAUGUGCAAGCAUUCUCACUCCAGGCUGCUGAUUUAGAAGAAGUCACCACUCGUUUUGCAAGAUUUUUGCAGAACCGACGUGUUCAAGGAGCCAUAAGGUACGAAUCACCCUAUUGGAGAUCAUGCGCAGCAAUCCUUAUCCAAGUAGCUUGGAGAUGCAGAAGAAAACGAUUAAAUCAAGUCAAUACCUCUAAUCAGGAGAUUCAGGAAAUGAAAUAAUGAACUGUUAGAACGUACACAUGUAUGUAUCUAAUGUAUUAUCACUGAUCUGCAUUGUCUGUUUGCCCUUAGGUAAUGAAAUUUAUGGAACAUACGCUUCUGUUUUGAAUGUAUUUUAACUUAUCUGUCCACCCUUGUUAACAGAUUCCAAUUAAAAUAUUGGUUCAUGUUGAAGGCUAUGUAUCUAAAUUAUGUUCUCUACUUCAGUUCAACAUCUCCUAGUGAAUUUUUCGGAUGAACAA